AUGGCAGGCCAAGACAAGUUGGGAGGGGUGCCUGCUCUGCAGGUGAGCAAAUGUCACCUCGAGACUGGGCGCAAACGGCCACCGAGCAGGAGGCUUUCGCUGACAGGCUACCUUGCUUCCUUCAAGUACCGGUUAAGAAGGGAUGAACGCAUACCAUACGAGGAAUCGCCCCACGCCGCUCAAGAAGCUGACUCUCUGGAUGAGGGUGUCCAGAACGAGGAUGAUCUGGGUGGUGGCCCUGCAGACUGGGAAUGGUUUGAUGACAUGAUGGGAUUCGCGACUGGCCCUUUCGACGAACAAUCCGACAAGCAAUCCGACGAGUUUGAUGAGCAACAUGGGGAGCAAUCUGAGCAACCGCUAGAUGUAGCGGGGCACCAUGAUAUGGAAGAUGCCUCAACCGACGGCUUUGGAGAUGACGCGCCCGCGUCUUCAAGUCCGUCAGACGGCGAAAGCGACAAUCAGCAGAUAAUCUUUCUGAUCGAUUCAGACGAUGAGUCCCAUGACGAUGACGAAUUGCAAAGUAUUAUGAGCGAUGAUGAACUUGAGGAUGACAUUCCAGAUAUCGGUAUGGGCAUUGGAAAUGACUUUGUACCGAUUCCAAACAACUCUCAGGCUCCAAAUGUCCCACCCAUCGCCGAAUGGAGACUGAAUCUCACGGCCCUGUCGCAGAAAUAUAAUCUCUACUUUGCCGCAUACAGUGACAAGAUACACGUAUCGCGACCGCGCAGUUGUUCAACACAUGAUCUGCCCUCAAAGCCAGAUCUUGUGCUCAAACCGGCCCGCAGUGCAGCAGCCCGUUACAUCAUAGGGACUAUCAAUCCAGGCAAGCCACAUGAGGUGAAUCAUCUCAUUGUUGGAGAUUUGGGUCUCGAGGAGAUAUUGCUCAUGGCGCACGACGAUGGCGAUGUGACUGGCUAUUACACCAAGGAGAUCGAGAACGAGAUUGCGGCCAUCGAAACAUCUCAAAAACUUUCUGGCUACGUAGUAAAGACCAAACCAUUUUUCCAAGAAAACGUCGGUAAAUCGGCAUGGGGUCUUUCUAUACAUAUGAAGUCUCGCCUCAUUGCCGUGGGGUCAAAUCUACAUGCAGUCACUGUGUUUGCUCCGGCCCUUUCCCUCGAAUCUCCGGAGCCCGAUGUCCUCGCCGGUUCAUUUUGGCAAUCGAUCAAGAAGACUCUCGAUGGGUCUGCAGUUGAGUUUCCCGAGACCUUGAGGGCCUGCUUCCCGACGGCUACUGGCCGAGUGCUGAAACAAAGGACUUGCAACUGGAAGAUAACCCUCGAUACGUCGCCCGCUGGCAGCAACAUUCCCAACCUGACUUUUAGCAACGACAAGGAUGGAAACGCGGACAAGGUCGUAGCAGUUGAUAUAGAAGGAAAUCUUUGGCUGAUGAACAUAUGGAGCUUCGAUGUACCCUUUCAGAAGAUACCUUCGCUUCACCGCCGCUCGAGACGCACAGAUGCUGGACAACGCGGGCCACCACGCGGCUGGGGUGUACUCGUAUUGCCAGCAAGCAGUUUUCUUACGUCGAAUAACUGCUAUGGUACUCUUGGUCUUCCCUCAGAAGAGGUCCGCCGCGCUCAGCAUCCAUCGAUUGGAAGCUGGUUGGACAUAAGCAAAGCUAUCACCUAUAUACCGCAAAACGCGCUGUACUACCCUCGAAGCGGUGGCGCCAGGCGACCUACACCCGCGGAAAUCAAGGAGCGCAAUGAGAAUCUUAGUCGGAACAUGAAAGAAAUGAACCGGAAAAUCGACCUCGACUGGUGGUUUCAGCAGUAUAGUCCUGGCCAAGCGCUGGACACCGAGAGAAUGGCGACUUCAUCAACACUUGACGAUGGAUCGAGUAUACUUCGACUGUACGAGACAGGUAUCGAGCUAAGACCGCACGAGAAGGACAAAAUGGGCAUCAUGAUGCAAUAUGCCAUGAAUCAAGUAUUCCCCACUCCAACGAACUCGGUCGCCUUCCAGUUCGACCAGCAAAACAGGCUGGCGAACUACCACUUCAUCCCAGAACUAUCAUUGGUUGUGGCAGGAUCAAUGUCUGGUCGUGUUGCGCUGGUCACCUUGACGUGCGACCAAUAUGGGCAAAGGGGCUUCAAGGUUGAACUCAUUCUCCCCCUAAAGAAGGAUGAGGAAGAUCAGUUGCGUCCCCUUUGCCCCUUGUAUGGGGUUGCCGUUGGGCCUCUGCCGGUCGGUGAUCGUUCCGAGGCACACACACCGUCAAUGUCACGGCGAUAUCGCAUCAUGAUGCAAUAUUACGACCACAACAUUCUCAGUUAUGAGUUCAGUCGCGGCAUGGAGUCUGAUGUCCUGACCAUCAUUUGA